CCAUGGAUGGCCAGAGGAGUUUUUGGAAGGAAGCAGAUGGUCCUGUUCAGUCCCCGUUUGGGAUGGUGAACGCAUCGUGGCUUCCAGAUUUUGCACAAGCCGAUAGGCAGCAGGAGAAGAAACUGCCUACCGCAUCAGAGAUGCACGAUUACUACGCUUUGAUUCCAAGAAUAUUUCCACACACUUGUUCUCUGUGUAGUGAAGAUUGUGUAGAUAAAGAGGUAUCCAGACUGGACUCCAGAAACCCCCUCUUCACCCAAAAGACACGAAGGUGACAGAGAGGAGGGGCGCAAAUCAAGGCAGCGUUCUGCCAGUCCUUACUCGAAACGUUCAA